GACAAUAUAUUUAUGUGCUUUUAAACAGGAAUGUAUUUCGUGUUUGUUUCAUUUAUAUUUAUGCGUUUGGAUGUUUUUUUUUUAUAAUUCUAAAUUUGUUUCAAAAGGUUUCUCUCAUGAACAUCGGGCUCUUAUAAUAUCAAAUCUCUUUGAAAUAGAAAAAAUCAAUUUGCAGAAUGCUUUAAAUAAAAAAAGACAGAAUUAAUAAAUAAAUCAAAUACAGCUGAGUAAUAGAUUUUUGUUCAAGUUUCAGACAUCAUCAUGGCAAGCCGUCAGGUCACCAUUAAGUUUUUAAAUUCCUCCAGGUACAGGAUGCACAACUCGUGUGACUACGAGUACAGUGGAUACUGUGAGAGUCCUUUGCCCCCGUAUCUUGACUCGGACUUGUCUAACUCUGGCAGUGCUGUGUUCUCAAAGUUUUACAACUCAAGGUGGGGAACUGCAGGAGUCGUCACUUACGAUCUGCUGAAGAACUCCUCAGAAUCUGUUGGAACAAUGGCCGUCAUGUUCUCUAACCCCAACAUCUUUGCGUUGUACUCUAACUGGUUUGCAGUGGGAGUGUUUGAAUCCGGUAAAAGUUGUGAUCACGAUCUCUACUAUAAGAUGUAUUACGGGGAAGAGGAAGGGUUCGUCCGAGGUAAAGCCAAAGACUUGGGCCUGACUUAUGAUGGUCAAGCUGUUGCCAUCAGCGCCACCAUGUCAGACAGUUACAAACCUGUCAUCAAGGUGCAGGUGAGCAACUACUCAAAAUAGCAGACUUCAAACCAUCAGACUUUAAGGGUUGAGGCAGGACGACCUUUUUCAAAGUCCUGGAUGUUCAGUCACCGUCUGCCGUGGAUACAGCGAUCAGCCUGGAAUCCCACUUCUGACAUCAAGUUUGUUGUGGAUUUUUCUGUUGGUAAUAAAAGAUCUCAAGUCAAA